AUGGUCCAAUGUUAUCAAAUGGGGGCAUUGUUCCAACGUGGCCUGUCAUCCAGGGGUUCAUCGUACCAAUUUUUUGGUCAAGCAACGGUUCUGGUGGCCUGCUAUGGCUCGUGACGUUCGCGGUUUUGUUUUGGCUUGCUCGGUUUGUGCCACUGGUAAGACUUCCAAUCGACCCCCGGAUGGGUUACUCCAACCGCUGUCUGUCCCUUCGAGACCCUGGUCCCACAUUGCGCUAGAUUUUGUCACCGCCCUCCCACCCUCCCAGGGGAACACGGUCGUUUUGACCGUAGUGGACCGAUUCUCGAAGGCGACUCAUUUCAUCCCUUUGCCUAAAUAACCCUCUGCUAAGGAGACAGCGGUAACUGUCGUAGAUCACGUUUUUCGGUUACAUGGCCUCCCGAUGGACGUGGUCUCCGACAGGGAUCCCCAAUUUGUGUCCAAAUUUUGGCAAGAAUUUUGUAAGUUGCUGGGGGCAACGGUCAGUCUUUCCUCGGGGUUUCAUCCUCAGAGCAAUGGCCAAACCGAGAGAGCCAACCAAGAUCUGGAAAGAACGUUGCGAUGUUUGGUCUCCAAGAAUCCUUCCUCCUGGAGCCAGCGGUCGAGGCCUCCCGUAUACGUCGUGGGUCAAAAAGUGUGGCUUUCUACCAAGAGCAUUCCUCUCCGCUCUGUCUCUAAUAAGCUUGCUCCUAAAUUUAUCGGCCCAUUUCCUGUUACCAAAAUCAUUAGUCCGGUGGCAGUCCGCCUCAAACUUCCUCCAGCGUACAGGAGAAUUAAUCCCGCCUUCCAUGUGUCCAAAAUUAAACCUGUGUUUCAUUCACACAUUAAUCCGCCGACUCCGGUUCCCCCACCGUUGCGACUCGUAGACGGGGAACCCACUUAUUCAGUUAAUCGUAUUCUGGACUCGAGAAGGAGGGGACGCGGAUUCCAGUACUUGGUGGACUGGGAAGGUUACGGUCCGGAGGAGAGAAGUUGGGUUCCUGCUAGGGACAUUCUGGAUCACACCCUUAUCGAUGAUUACAAUCGACAGGUAGAUGCUCCUUGGAACGCCGUGAGGCUUUUGAUAGGUCCAAAAAAAUACCAAUACCACAUUUCUCCUCUUCAAUACAGUCAUUAA